UUUACUAGAAUCGGUAUCCCUAGUAUGAAGUAAACAGUAUGGAUAUUUGCCAGUAGAUUAUUUUAUUAAAAUAUGUUUAAAAUCAUACAAUUAGAUACUGUUUUAUGAGUGUUAAAGAUUAAGGUUUAAACAUGUGGCCUAUGCUUCUUAAUAUGACACACGACGAGUGUCGACGGACGCUCAGGAGACUCGAAUUGGAAGCCUACUCGAGUAUGAUGAGUGUAUUCAGAGCACAAGGGGAGCUGGAAGACAACAGAAAAAAGUUGCUCGAGGAUCUACGCGCCGUUUUACAUAUAAGCGGCGAUCGACACAACGCCGAAGCGCGUCGCGUUUCCAACGAUGAGCUCCUAGCUACUAUUGCAGAACAGUUGGCUGGUUCAAACACAGCUCUAGGAUGGAUAAGCGAAGGCCGGAGGCGGGUGCCUCUGAUGCCGCGCGGCAUACCACAGACCAUGUACACAGAGUUGGCAGAUAAAGCUGCAGAGGCGGCGGUGGCCGAAAAUAAGGAGAUCAAAACUAGAGUUGAGAAUGAAAAGUUAGUGACACCGAAGUCAAAUGAAGAAGAAAUGCCAGACCCUGAGGGUCAGACUGCCGAGGCUGCUCUACAAACAAGUGAAGUUAUGGACGAGCUAUUGUAUCCUCCCAUUGCCAUGGAAGAUCACACAGCAACUAUAUGGGAAACAGAACUGAUUUGUCGCAAAAGAAAAAUACCUGAAGGUGGAACUGUGCCGGAGGAAGCACCACCACCUAUAAAGAAUAUGAGGAAUAUACCGGUCAAUACCAACCAGAAGCAUCUCAACCUUUCACAAGUUUAUUCACGCUUCUCGCAACCUGCAACAGGUAAAUCGACCGGGCACUCUAAACAUUCUUACAAUCAAGUGAGUAAAGUUUCAACUAGUAAAUCUAGCCAACCACACGCGCCGCGCGCACCGAAGCAACGCGCGCAAAAACAAAGCGCAAAAGCGUCCAAAGCACAAAAGAAAAACCAAGAGCCGCCCAUGUCGCCGAGCAAACAAUACCCCGUCGAUUACGCGGGACCCCCGGGGUCUUUCCAGGCGAGCUACGCACAGUCCAUACUGAGUGGGAAAACGAAGGUUGACUACGACGACUUGAAGCCGAAGGUGAUGUCCUCGCCGGGUAUGAUGUCGGAGUCGCCCACCGUGCACUUGCUCACGCAGAGUGCCACCGCGCCGCACGAGCUGGCGGACAGCUUGCCUGACGACACGCCCGCGCUGCAGGCGCAGGCCGCGCACCCCGCGCACCCCGCCAAGCAGCUAGUCUCCAGCAAGCCGUGCCACCUCAUCGUCAAGAAACGAGGCGACGCUGCAGAAAAGAAAGUACAAAUGUCAGAGUACACUGAAUUCAAAGUCGUGAAGAAGCCCACCGACGAAAUAAAACUCGUCACGAGUCGGCCGUCAAUCGGUUCUCCGAAUCCAAUGCACAGAUCGGUCGGCACUCCCGGCAAGCUCGUGACGACUAAAGUCGUCAGCUCUUUGCCGAAGCCUCGAACUAGUCCCUCUGUCUUGCCCCAGGAGAAAAUGAUAGUCGUCUCUAAAUCUUCAAUAGAGAACAGGUUACCGAACUCUAGAAUCGUGAUCACAUCCUCCGCAGUGGCCACGCCGAGCAGAGACAGCUCACAGAUCACCGUGAGCGGAGUACCUCGCGGCGUCCAAACCUCGGAAGCCCUGACCCCGAAAGGCAUACCGGCGACCGAUCUGAAAGUUUCGGCAAAGACUUUCGUUUUAAAUCCAAAAUCUGGUCAAAAAAUGGUAGUGGUACCGGCGAAAGCUAACAAAGAGGGCCAGCUGCCGCUGUUUCAUUUUAAAGGAGUCACCACCGCUAUGAAGCUGGUGUCUGUCACUUCACAAUCUAACGCCCAAUUUAGUAAACCGACAGGUGUAACCUGUGCACCGAAACCGACCAUCGUCAACCCCAUACCUUCGAAUCCAAAAAUUGUCGGUGUGGAACCGAUAAAAACUGCUAACAUGGCGGACAUCGUUCCCGUGAAAGGUCUGCCGACUGUGUCCACUCCGAAAAUCACUAACCCUAUAGUCAGACCUGUAAAUUCUAAAGGCAAUUUAAUAGUCGUACAAAAGGGCGCCACCUUAGGUAAGACGCUGACGUUUUCUAAAACCGGGAAUGACGUUUCUAAAAUAAUUAUGGGCAAAAAUGUAAAUAAGCUGUUACAAUCCACAAAACCAGACCAAGUCGACCCGUCUAAGUCGGGAAAUAUCAUAGUUUUAGAGCUUAACAACGAGCAGACGGCUCGAACUACAACAAUGUCCGAAAUAUUGGACAGUAGAAAUACUAAUACGACCCACAUCGUGGAUCAAAAUAAUUCAAUGCGACAAAUAACGCAGGACACGCCGGUACUGUUUGAGGCACAAAUCACUCCUGAAACUUGCAACAAUAGCAGCCUAGAUUCGACCACUAGCCUACAGGAAAUGGAUCAUCUGGAUUCAUCUAGUAUAAGCUUAAUGGACAAAAGUGUGAAAGAUAAGUCUAGUUUUAGCAAAGGAGUCGAUAUCAAAGAUACGUCAUGCGUCACAGAUUGGGAAAUGGACAUGGACACUUCGGGGAAGAGUAAAGACGUCGACAAAUUGAAUUCCUUACAUUUAGAUCUCGGCAUGUCGAGCGACAGUGAAAACGAAUACAUCGUGGAUAGACACAAGACUAAGAUGCAACUACCUGUAGAGAGAAUACAAAACACUACCCCUACAGUAGAUAGCCUCGACAGAUAUAGCAACGCAAACGCUCUAACUCGCACCACGAGGACACUUCUCAGUCAGUUGCAAGACGACGGAUCGUCGAGCAACGAUUCGUCAUUCGCAAUCAAAGCGAAAGCGAAAGUGAAGGACGAGAUGAAGCUAGACAAAUCGGAAUCGGAAGCCUUAUCCAAGGCUCGAGCGAAGCUUUCUGAGAAAGUCGCGGAAGCAAAGUCUCAACAGAAACGGAUAGACGUGUACAGCACGGCGAUAACGACGUCAGACAUCAACCUGGACUCGUUCGCGUAUCUCGAGGAGAGUAUAAUGGCGGCGGACGACGAGUUCCCGGGGGAGAGUAAACGCGACGCGCGCCCCGGCGACGUGUUGGCCGACCAGUUGAGCCGCCUGUUGGGCGAGGACUCAGCCAACUCCACCAACUCGACAGACUCGCAUACUGUAAGUCAAAUGCCUUUACAUAAAAACGAGCAAUAACGUAGUGUUAAGGGUCGCGCACAUUGUAGCGGGCCACAUCUCAUUGCAAAUAUUCUGCAAUCACUCGAUUUUGGAUUAGGUUAGAUAUAACAAUUACCUUCUAAGUCCAAUGAUAAUAGCCUGUGAGUACACAGAUAUCAGUGACCAAAAAAGUCCCCACUCAAUGAGUGCCAAACACAACUUCUUGGCACUCAAUUCAAGUAGUCGCAUUUGCAAAUUCAACCUUAAACUCAAAUGCUUAAGGUUGAAUUUGCCCAGAAUUUGAGAUUUUAUUGAAAAUUGGACUAUAUUUAUAGGUCUUUAGGUAUAAUUUUCUUUACCAAUAUUUCUUUUUGUCAAAGCAAAAUUGGCCAGUUUUUGAGUGAAAUUUUCUAUAUGAUUGUACAUCCUUUUAUUAUAAGAGGUCAAUGAUCCCAGAGCUAUAUAAUUAGUGAUUAUUGGGUUAUGCUGCAUUUGUAGCUUAGAUCCACUAUGGUAGAGAAACCACAUUUUCUAUACCAAGAGACCUGUGCCAUUAAGUGAGAUAUUUAAAUGACUCUGAUGAUGAUGAUGAUGGUUUUAAAUUUGUACUAAAGACAUGUAGCAUAGUGCUACUUGUCUUUAGUACUACUACUACUACUACUGAUAUAAAAAAAAGAUAAUAAUGACAUAGUCAAUGCAUAUGCAGUUUUUGCAACAUGCUCUGUGGCCCGCUGCCAUUGUAAUGUGCGCUUACUAUUAUGGUAAUAAUAAAAUAUUUCUUUAAAAUGUAAUACAUAGUUGUGUUAAAACUAUCACAGAUGGUCGAUAUUUUAAAAGGAAAUUAACGUACGAAUUAUCAGUAUGUAGCAAUAUACAUGUGUUUUAUUCACAGGUUAAUUGUCGGUUGUCUGUGAUCGUUUUUGAGUUGUGAGUGAGUUUUUGAGUCUAUGUACGAAUGUGAAUAUUUUUUGUGUAAAAAAAGUAUAUUUUUUAACGAAAAAUUUAUAAUUAAUAUGAGGCUUGAGUCGAAAUUAAAUUGUAUUGUACUCGUAGUUCGUUAUUUUGGAAUACUCCUAUUUUGUCAUGUGCAGCUUUAAUUGUAUUCUCGAUGUAAUUUAAAUUUCAUUUUUCUCCUUAAUAAAUCUAACCUACAGCAUAUAGUAUAAUUUUAAAACCAACUAAAAUCAAACAAACAACAAGACAAAAGAAAAAGUUUUGUAAAAUUCCAAUUAGUUCAUCAAUUGCUAUUUGUAAUCUAAAAUUUACUAAUUAUGCCGAAAUUUCCGAGUGUAUACACAUACUUAGUUAUUGUAAUCUAUACAAAUUAAUUGUAUACAGCAAAAACCUCUAGAGUUACUUUGGAAUCAUAAAUAAAUUAUUUUUUCUACAUUGUGUAAAUUGUAAAGUAUUGGUGAUGAAGUGAUGUUCUACUAUACGUUUUCUUUAAUCUCACGGAUUCAAAAUAAAACCACAUAUCAAAAUAAAACCUUAAUUUUCAUAUUUGCAAUUAAUAUUGUUUAUAUUAAAUUUGAUAUGAGUCACUACCGUAUUACAUUGACAGUAACAAACUGAGCCGGUCAGGUGUGACCCGGCCUUAAAUCAUUAGCUUCAGUAUUUUGAAAGUACAUAGAGAGUCAGCAGAGUCAACAAUUGAUUACAAAAUAUUGCUCAAUUUACAUAAUACGCGUAAUAAGUACCUAUAUUUUCAUAUGAUGAAGUUCAGUUUUAACUUUUACACUUCUUUAUAUAGAGUUAUUAGUUAUUUAUAUUGAUUGUUAUACCUAUAUAAUUGGCAAUUUGAUUGUUCAGAAAAGUGUAGAAAAGUUUUACUAGCCCGCGUCUUCUUUUAGGUGUCAAUUUAUAAAUACGAGUACAGUAAAAGCUCUUUAUUUGCGGGGUAUAGGAACUUUGUAUGUGGAAUGGUAAUUUAGAUGGGAUAAGUUCCUUGGAGCGAUACAUGAGCUUUAAACAUUAUUUUUGUUUUGGCCAUGUUAAUUUUCAGGCCCAUCUGUUGAGAAACUCUGCUGAGGUCAUUGAGCAUGGUACCUACUAAGGUCUUCCACCAGAGUCUCUGCCAUGGAGCCCAGUUAUAGUUGAGAACGUUGCACUUGAAAUUGUAGUCGAAUACGUAUACCUAGGAAAUAUAGUCCAGUUUCGAGAAAGAGGUGAACCGCCGAAUCCAACACGGCUGGGCCGCAUUCGGGAAACUUCGCGAUAUCUUUUCGUCCGAAAUUCCUCAGUGCCUGAAGACAAAAGUCUUCAAAUAGUGCUGCCAGAGAUGACCUGACUAUGGUUCCGAGACAUGGUCGCUAUCUAUGGGCCACAUAAGACGGCCCAGUCACACAGCGGAGGAUAGUACGAGCUAUGCUAGAAGAAUCUCUGCGUGAUCGAAUCAGAUUAUUGGCAAUAUUGAAUCGUUAUUCAUUCUGGCUUAACUAGGGUUAGGAAACUUGGAAUUUGUUUCUUGCUUCAUAAACGGAUCUCCUUAAAAUAAAACUUCGUUUUAUAGAUGAAUCAUUUUUUAUUAAAAUAUCACAGCAACCGUGUGCCAUUCUUGAACCUUGACUUUACUACUACGACCUACUCCAUUCGCAAAAUCGGCAAUAUUUGCAUUUAAAGUUUGAAUUUGCAAAUUUUUUCGCAGUUUGAUCGAGGAUUAAAGGAUGCAAUUUUUUAAUCCGCGAAUAGUAAAAAUGCGAAUAAAGGAAGCGUGAAUAAGGAGCUUGUACUGUAUAUAUAUUUUAUAAAUCCGAUAUGUGCAUUGUGCUUAUGGGAAUUUGUUGUAUUUUGUAACUUUAAAAUAGCGAGAAGUUCUGUAUUUCUAUUGUUGUUUACAAUUGUCUUUACUACAUUUUUAAAAUUUAGGGUUUGGUUUCAUACUAAUUUUCUGUUUGUUCUUACCGAAACUUCUGAAUGCUGCAUUAUGAUAUGUAUACCGUUAACAUAAAGUAACAUAAAGUUAACGUAAAGUUUAAAUGUACUUUGUUUACAACUGUUGGUUGAACCAGCUUUGCACUUUUUGCAAUCCACGUAGACUAUACCUAUUUUAAUUUAUGCUUAAUCAGUAAGUGUUGUGUUGACACCAAUAUCAUUAAUUGUUAGGUUAAAUAUUGUAUCGCACAAAAGCAAUAUAUAUGAUAGUAGAAUUUAAUAUAUAAUACUAUUAUAGUUGAAAUAUUUUUGUAUAGCAAUCUUUUUUAGUCCUCGAAUUGAAAUACGAAAGUACGAAACAAUUGAGGGCGAAUGUAACUUCAGUGCCUUCUUGUCUGUAAAAUCAGUGGCGUGGCAAGACAAAAUUUGAAUGGCAAGGCAAUGGUCGGCAAUUGUCUUUUUGUCGUCUCGAGAUAUUAUGUCUUAGGGUCAUGUAGCUAAUAAAAACACUGGAUUGACAGAUGCGAUCCAUAACUUGAUCACGUGACCUUUCGAUAACGAAUUCGAUUUUUGAAAGAGAAUCGACGUGCCACAUGGCUACAGGCCAUUCGUUCUGGCACUGAAACUAUGUUCUCCUAAAUACUUGAAAAUCGACUCAACUGAAAAUAAAAGCGUCUCGUUUUACCAAGAAUGAGUGAAUAGAAGAUGAUAUUUUCAGUUCAGUCAAAUAAUUUAAUGUUAUUUGUAAGUUCUGUGUACAACACAAUAUGAUAUGGAGGAUAUGGCGUCGCAAGUUUUGGUACAUUCUGAAAAGGUUCUGGUAACUAAAAGAUGUUUUCUGAUAUUGUCUCUCAUUUAUUCACGAUGGCAUCUCCAUAAAAAGGACAACAGGCAUCAAAGUACGAAAUAAAAUGGAAUGGAAUAGAUAGAAUAAGUAUUGCUUUUUUCCAGAUAAGGGAAUCGAACGACCUUGGAUGCAGAUGUCAGGGUCACUGCGCUAUUUGGUCAUCAAAUAAUAAUUGCUGUAAUGAUUCAGUAGGCUAGUUGACACUUUUUUGAAAGAGUCUUAAAUUGUUCAUUAGACUUUUACUAUAUAGAAAAAAAAUAUUAUAUUUUUUUGAGACAUGAAUACAUAAGAAAUUUAAUUUUGAAAUAUUCUUUGACAAUACGAGCCAAAAUGCUAUCGGCCAUGAUGGUCUGUAUUUUCCUGAAGUCAUGUAACGGUUUCAUGAAGUCACGUAAACACUAACUAACGGAAUGUUUGACAAAAUAGUUAAAUUAGUUUGACGCGUUUAUUCCUUAGUGUGUGUGUACUUUAAGAAAUUAAAUAUCACGUGUCUCAAUCGGUGAAGGAAUACAUCGUGAGGAAACCUGCAUACCAGAGAAUUAUCUUAAUUCUCUGCGUGUGUGAAGUCUGCCAAUCCGCAUUGGGCCAGCGUGGUGGACUAUUGGCCUAACCCCUCUCAUUCUGAGAGGAGACUCGAGCUCAGCAGUGAGCCGAAUAUGGGUUGAUGACGAUUCCUUAGUGACAUCAAGUAACUUAGUGACACAAAAUGGACGAUAAAGUUUUUAGUUAUUGACGUUUGGAAAAUUAAAAAAAUACAUAAUUUUUAAAUUAACUUUUGUAAGAAAUCCUUUACUUUUAUUAAUGUAUAUCGAAAAAUUUAAAAUUUUAUAUGAGUCAACUAUCCUAUUCAAAAAGCUGAUAAGUUACGAUUUCUCGCAUUAGCUUCGUUUUUUAUUUUGCCUUUUACUCCCAUUGUAAAAGAAAUACACGAAAUUGAAAGUGGGGUUUAAAUUCAGUUUAGUUAUUGUAAUUUUUUAUAAAUAGGGUCAAAUUGUGCCUGUUGUCCUUUGUCAGAUAGACGUAAUGAUCCAUCCAUCUAUAUUAUACUAAUAUUAUAAACAGGUAAAGUUUGUGGAAAAAUAUUAAGUUGACUGGGUAAUCGGAAUAACGACGGGGUAUACCAAGCUAAGUAAAAAUGGAUUUAAUCCUGUAAAUUAAUAAAUCCACUAAUAAUAGCAAAUGCUGCUCCAUUCUGUGGCGACGGGAACUAUGCGAGUGAAACCGCGGGGCGGCUGCUAGUAUUUGUAUAAUGUCGUCUAUCUUCUUUCGUGAUUGUCAUUCUAAAAUAUAAGUAAAGCAAUAGCAAAAUUAGCAAUCAUACAGUUGGGUAACUAGUUAACUUGCGCCGAGCUGACGAAGAUCAUUGAUCUCUAGGCUCAAGUUUGAUAUCAACAAUCUAUUCAAAAAAUCAAGUAAUUAAAGUCAGAUGUGGACGAGCGGUUUUCCAUGCUCACGCCGAUUGGAGUAAUACGUACCUGACUAAGAUAAAAUAAUAUAAAGAUAAGAUUUUUAGCACAUAUUUGAAAUCUUUAUUAUAUUAUUCAGAUUUCACUUUAUCACGCUGUGCCUGUUAUUGUCAGAAACUUGCAAUAAUUACUCGUAAGGUCUAAUACUUUAACACUAAUCGGCGUGGGCUGCACUUGAUACGGAUCCAAAUUACGCUCGGCGUGCGCUGCAUCGAAUGUUUUAAUAACUAAGCGCACCAAUAUGUGAUCUAUGAUGUUGACCUUCUGUAUAAGUUGUUAUACUGUGGUACUAGUAUAGUUUUCCUAACUCUUCAUCAAUCUUUUAAAUUAAUAGAAAAUGUUGUACAUAUAUAGUAAUAUGCCUACGUAAUAUAUUAUAAAUGGUGCAUUAUUUGUUUGUAUGAGAUAUAUAGGUACCUACUUAGAUUGAGUUGCAAUAUAGGAGUUACUACUAUAAGUUCAUAGCAAUACAUAAUAAUAUCCCAACAUACGCGAAGAGUUAUUUAAGCAUUAUAGUAGCAACAGCAUUUGCUACUUUCUGUACUGAAGUAUAGUCAUACUACGUUGGAACUAAUUGGUAGUUCUUCACAUUACCUGUCAAGGCACUUGAAUUCGAAAUAUGUAUUGGUGUAUCGAGUGUGUAUCUAUUUGAUCGCGUAAAAGUAAACGUUUUUAUAUGUAAUUUAUAUGUAAAUGAAAGAGCCAUCCACUCGUGGAUUAUAUUUUCUUUUGUAAGUAGUACGAGAUCCGGCAUAAGAAAUACAUACCCUCAUCUGUUAUUAUUUGAGAUAUGAAAUAAUUGAUGGAAAAUAUUCACAUUGACACAUUGACAAAUAGGUUGCCUAGUAAAAUUGCGCUUGGUGAGUAUUAAAUUAUUAAAUUUAUUUAAUCUACUUCCCUCUUUGCUUAAUUAAUCAAAUUUCGUGAACUAAUUAAAAGAAUAUACCCAACAAAAUUGAAAACGUAGUUUGCCUUUCAUAUUGCAACUGGAGUUGCCAGAUAUCAACAGUUAAUUAAUGUUAUAUAAAUACUCCCAUCAGUUACUUAGUCGACUAAUAUGUUAAAUGAAAGCUUAUUUAAUGCUAAAUUUUAUCUUAUGUUGCCUUUGAUCUAGUUCAUGUUUUCCUAGAUUUUGUAUCAAAAAUGUGUUUGGCCUAAAACCUAUUUGCAAUGUGUCAAUGUGAAUAUUUUAUUUUUUAUUUUUUUAUCCCAAAUAAAUAACAGAUGAGGGUAACUAUUCCUUAUGCCGGAUCUUCGACUAUAGUAACGGGAUGGCGCAGAAUCAACAAUAUAAAUUCAAUACAUUAUAUAACAAUAUAAAUUCAAUUUUACUUUUACGCGGUCGAAUAGUUGCAAACACUCGCCAUAGAUUUUUUAAUUUAACAUAAUAAUAUAAUGUGCAAUUUCGAAUAUGACACAUUGUAAAACAAAUAUCAUGAAAUACAAAAUUUCUAAUUGUAUUAUUUAUAAAAGUGAAACUAAUCAAUCAAAUUCUAAAAAAGGUUUGACCACUGAAUAUGUUAAAAUUAUUUCUUUUAAAUAAAAAAAAAACAAUUGGUUAGUGAAAAUCGUAAAUAUUGGGAACGUGUGUUACAUUCUAAAGAAAUAGUGCCAUGCGUGUCGAUGUUCAAUAUGUGACAAAUUUUGUACAUAGUUAUAUUGUUUAUAUUGAGAUAUCAUUGACCUGUGUCAGAUAAACAAUGUGUUUGUACUAUAAUAAAAUAAUAAUAAUUUUUUUCAAACAUGCAUGUACGGUUUACAUAAAAUUAAGCUUAAUAAAAUGUUAAAGGUACAUUUUAUAUAUCAAUGCAGGUUAAUAAUAUAACGAUUGUUAUUUAAUUAAUUAAAUUGUUAAAAAAAUACUGGGUCUCCAAAAUAUAUGAAUUAGAACAUAAGUAACGUAAAUUUAAGGUUUUAACUGGAAUAAUUUCGAUUAUUGAUCUGCAUCAAUUCUAAAAUGUAGGAUAACAUUGUUUGUGAGCUGUAAAUAUUUUGCGUAGACUUUUAGUUUCGUUUUAGAAUCAUCGCAAAUAUGUUAUUACGAUUUGUGUUUUCGCAUUAAGUUUAUUUUAUUUACUUAUAUUGAAAAUAAACAGUUAAUUAACA